AUGCUUCCGUUUAAAACGCUACUGGGAACUCAAGAAAUGGCAAACGGGCUUGAGUAUUUUACACCGACAAUGCUUUCAGUAGAUGAUGCCAGUAAAGACUAUCUGUGGGAAAUGAGGGGGAUUGAAAUGUCUGAGAUUGAGAAGGAAAAGGAGACAGGAACGAGUAUCUCGCUCUCCGCGUCGGCCUUUGAGGCAGACGUGAAACCGCAAUUCUAUCGGCAACAGUCGUUAAAAACGUUCAAAAAAUGGUUUGGUUUGGAUGAGUUUUUGUUACUUAGCAAGUCGUCUUGA